CACACACAAAAGGCAACAGAUGCACAGAUACAAAUCCGUUCAUGACUGAGUGUUCAACCGCAAACACAACAGAACAAAAACACAACUCCUAACAUACUACUAGUAGCAACAGAGCAGCAUGGGUUCCGACAAGGGCGAGGAGAAGAGCUGCUGCCAGAAGUGCUUCUGCGUGGUGACGACGCUGACGAUUCUGGCCGCCAUCGGCGUCGUGGCCUGGUACUUUGCCGUCUUUGCCAAGGACGUCGAGGAUGCCACGGCCGACUGCGGCGGCUGCUACUGCGUCCCCGACAACUCCACCUCCAACGCCUGCCCGUCGCGCCCCGCGCCGCCCUCGUUCUACCCGGCCGAGACCCACCUGGACGCCUGGAAGUCGCAGGAAAUCCUGGACCCGUACGUCCUCAACUGCAACCCCUUCGAGGACGGGAUCCUCUGCGACACCGAGCCGCCCCUCGACCCGGAUUUUCGGUGGAGAAAACUCGGCGAGACAGCCGUCUGCGCCGUCCACUACGAGGCGGGACCAGCGGACGGGGAGCUCCCUCUGGAGCGGGGCCUGGACGGGGAAGCGGAGGCCAACGCGACCGUCUUUGCUUUUGACGAAGGCCCGGAAUGCGAAGAUUUUCCGGCGUCCUACCGCAUCAAGACCUACCCGUCGCGGGGGGAGGCCGAGGCCGCCGGGGGCUUUGUGACGCACGUCGGGAAUUGCGGAGUCUGCAGCACCCUCCAAGACCUGGCCGUGUACGUUGCCCAUUGUUUUUGUCGAAACUGAAAAAGAACUGGUUGUGAUCGGAUUCGAUGGUGCGAUGGGAGCCGGCUUGUUCUGCACAGCACAGCACUGUACAUUCUGACCGUCUUUUGUUUCCCGUAUCGUUUUUGCUACCCAAUCGUUUGCCACUAGGUACGCGAACACGGAUUUCGUUGGCGUAACGAGUCCGGGAAACUUUUGUAGGAGGCAGGCAGCCUCGUCGCUCGAAAACGGGCUCUCUUGCUACCUUGGAUUGGGCAUGACCCAGGAUUGCGCCAAAAUCUGGGCGGAUACCUCGUGGAAUGUAAGCACACACCCGGUCGAUUGUCGAUUGUUGUCUGUCGCUCUCCCGCUGUUGCUUUCAGGCACAUGCCACUCACACAACUGUUUCUUUCUUGGCGAAGACUGCGAAAAAUUGCUUUGGGAAGUGCGUUCUGGGUCCCACUCUGCCCCAAUUCGGAGGCGAGAAUGAGCAGGAUUCGAAUUCGAAUUCGAACGAAACCUCGUCUUCUGGCAAAUGGUACAAUGUACCGGCCAACAUAAAGAAAUGGUUCAAUUCUACGUCAUCGGACGAGAACAAGAGCAAGUCAGCGAUUCCCAGCAACGGGCCGGCUCCGGACUGCGUCCUGAAUGCCUGCAUAAGGUGCAACGACGAGUUCUCGUCCGAAAUUUUUGAGCUCUUUGCCGGGAGGAGCCGGCGGCGGUCGGGCCUCCUGUCGACAGCCGCGAGACCCUGCGGCUCGAUACCGAACAUCGAACACCAGGCGUGCCCAAUCACCGAGCCGCUGCUACCCGAGUGAGGGCACGGGUGGAUCGGGACACGAAUUCGUGGCAGAAUUUGCAGCACAAGAAAUAUUGGUCAAACAAAUUCCGGAAUCUGAUGGUGGUAUGGCUAGCGAGGCAGAUCUGCGAGUCAAGCGUGUGCCUUGACGCUCGUUUCGGAAACGGUCGCUAAUCCAACCACAGCGGCAGCAAUUUGUACAUAAAUGGCCAUGCCUCGACGCUGGCAGGGGUUCCAACACAAGACCGAGUCGGAUGGGAAUUGGAAUCCGUUCCUCGAACCAAAAUGCAAACUAACAGUUCUUCGGUGCCAUUGUUGUCAGAAAAUGCUAGACCGUGCCGGAAAGCACAGCAUCGCAUGCUGCUGCAACGGGUCCUGGUGCGGUAGCAUUGUCUUUGAAGAGCUAUGGGAAGAACACGAAGAUGUACCUAAAUUUUAGAGCCACUGCUACAAACUCAAGGAAACACAUUCUUCUUCGCACCAGCAGUACCGGUAUGUCGAAUGGUGGAGAAAUCCCAAGCCAGCAAGGAAACAGUAACUUCAGUAGAUCUUACCACCAUUAGAAGCAAUACUGCUUCUCGGUUGUUCCGAUUUUUGUGGUUGGUUUGAUGCUGGUUGGGUGCAUAUCUGUCUUCCUUACCACCUGCUGCGAGGUGACGGCGUGCACGCCGGGAGCCAGGAGCGUUUUCAUCCGAGACGCCGAUGUCUGUGUCCGCGUCUUCCGGACGUCGAUGGCUGCAGUCGCGUCAUCUAAAUCUGCUAAGAGACUCACUUUGAGGUCAAUAAGUCUUUGGAAUUUGUACUUUGGUGUGACAGCUUUAUAUAUUCUGAUCUCUUGUCAUUAGUUCACAGACCAGUAUUAUUUUUGAAGCCUACUGCUAAUAUUCAAGGAAUGACAGUAUCACUAGGACACCCAAAAUUCGAUUACUAGUAUUGGUUCUUUCCAGAGAUUCACCACCUUGAUGCUAAUAACAAGUAGUCAAAGUG